ACCCGGUCCGAACCCAACGGUUCCACCUUCCAAAAUCCAAACUGCUAUAAUCUCGAAACUCGAACGAAGCGCUUCCAAGUAGAAAUAAGUCUAAACGACCAUGGCUGCUCCUCUCGUCUUCCAAUACCAGAGACCAUCUCCAGUUUAUGAGAAAACCCGCUCAAGGAACUGCGCUGCCGCCGCUGCCAUAGCCAGCGCCACCACCACCAGCAAAACCAACAACCAUAACAACCCGAUUCUAUCACACCCAUGUCUUGUUCUUCUCGAGAAAUGCUCCAAUAUGUGGGAGCUCAAACAAAUCCACGCCCAAAUGAUCAGAACUGGUCUCAUCUUCCACGUCUUCUAUGCGAGCAAAAUCGUUUCAUUCUGUGCUCUAGAUGAUUCUGGAAGUCUCCAUUAUGCUCGUCUCGUCUUCUCCCAAAUCUCCAAUCCCACCCCAUUCAUCUGCAACUCCAUAAUUAGAGGUUACACUAAUAAAAACUUUCCCCACCAAGCCAUUCUCUUCUAUCGAGAAAUGAUCGAGGAAGGUCUUCUCCCUGACAAUUUCACGUUCCCCUCUUUGUUCAAAUCCUGUGGUGAUUUGAAUGAGGGGAAGCAGUUGCAUUGCUAUUCUACCAAGUUUGGUUUUGCAUCGGAUUCUUAUAUUCAGAAUACAUUGAUGCAUAUGUAUUCAAAUUGCAGAGAUUUGGAUUCGGCUCAACAGGUCUUUGAUAAAAUGAGCGAGAGGAGUGUGGUUUCUUGGGCGACCAUGAUUGAUGCUUAUGCACAAUGCGGUUGUCCUGUUGAAGCUCUUGAGCUUUUCCGUCGGAUGGAAUUUGAAAAUGUGAAGCCUAAUGGUGUUACUCUAUUAAAUGUUUUGGGUGCUUGUGCGAGAGCAAGAAAUUUGGAAAUGGCAAAAUGGGUUCACAGGUAUAUGGAGGAAAAUGAAAUUGGGUUUAGUUUGGUCCUUACGGCCGCUCUUAUGGAUGUUUACUGCAAGUGUGGCAGUUUCUCCGAGGCCAGAGAAUUGUUCGACAGAAUGCCUGAGAGAAACCUCUAUUGUUGGAAUAUCAUGAUCAAUGGACACGUUGAGGACAGUGAUUAUGAAGAGGCAUUGCUACUUUUUCGCGAAAUGCAACUUAAGGGUGUAAAGCCUGAUAAGGUGACUAUGGUGAGCUUAUUGAUGGCAUGUACACAUCUAGGUGCUCUAGAGAUCGGAAAAUGGUUGCAUGCCUAUAUUGAGAAGGAAAAUAUUGAAGUUGACACAGUUCUAGGGACGGCACUUGUAGACAUGUAUGCAAAGUGUGGGAGCAUAGAGACUGCAUCAAGAGUUUUUCAUGAGUUGUCUCAGAAAGAUGUUAUGACUUGGACGGCCCUGAUUUCUGGGUUUGCAAUGUGUGGGAAAGGGGAGAAGGCUUUGGAGCUUUUCUACCAGAUGCAAAAUAGUGGGGUGAAACCUGAUGCAGUCACCUUUAUUGGUGUAUUGGCCGCUUGUAGUCAUGCAGGCCUUGUGGAUGAAGGGCACUUGCAGUUUGAUUCCAUGUCUAGUGUUUAUGGCAUCCAGCCUAGUAUAGAGCAUUAUGGAUGUAUGGUGGAUAUGUUGGGCCGAGCAGGUCACAUAGAUAAAGCAGAGAAGUUGAUACAAGAAAUGCCCAUGCCACCAGAUUAUUUUGUGUUGGGAGGCCUUCUUGGUGCCUGCAGACUUCAUGGUAACCUUGAGGCUGCAGAAAGAGCGGCUCAAAAGCUUUUAGAACUUGACCCUGACAAUGGAGGGACCUAUGUGCUCUUAUCCAAUAUAUAUAGCUCCUUAAAAAAGUGGGACGACGCUAAAAGAAUUAGGGAACUCAUGGUAGAGCGGAACAUUAAGAAGCCCCCGGGGUGCAGUCUGAUAGAAGUAGAUGGUGUUGUUCAUGAAUUCGUCAAAGGAGAUGUGUCACACCCUCAAUCCACAAAGAUAUAUGAGAUGUUGGAAGACAUCUUAUGCCGCUUGAAGGUAGCUGGAUACAUGCCCAACAAAUCUGAAGUGCUACUUGAUAUGGAUGAAGAGGAAAAGGAAAAUAACCUUAAUCGCCAUAGCGAGAAGCUAGCCAUUUCCUAUGGGCUCAUAAGCACAUGGCCUGGGAUGUCUAUCAGAAUUGUGAAGAACCUCCGUGUUUGUAGUGACUGUCACUCUGCAACCAAGUUCAUCUCCAAGGUUUACAAUCGGGAGAUUAUUGUCCGAGACAGGAACCGCUUUCAUCAUUUUAGGGAUGGGUCGUGUUCAUGCAAGGACUUCUGAUAGGUGUCGAUAGCUCGAUACAACCCAUCAUCCAUGGCACGGGCAUGGCUGGGGAAAGCUCCAGCAAGAGCAACGAAGUGAGG